AUGGUGGACUUGAUGGUGUGUCUGUCUCUGGUGAGUUUCUGGGGUGCUGCAGUAACUCUAUUCAAAUGUGAGAGGAAGGAAGUGUCAUACAGCGUCCUGCACCACAAACGAAACAGGAACACACAAGGUCUAUGUCUUUAUAAGAUGAAAUCAGCAAGCAAGCUGAUAAAUAUUUGCAAAACUGAGGAAAAAAAUGGAUUGUGUUCAUGGGAUCAGGAAAAGCUCUCUGAAAUGAAGCUGUUGAGAAGACCCCUGCCCCCUAUAAAGACAGCACACUACAGCACACCGCCCUCGCCCAGAACCACAGACCACAAACCGAGUGAGUCUGUUUGCAGUCCGCAAGCUUAUCUUGAGGAUUGUGUAACGUGUCGUGUUGGCCAGAUCACAUUACCCAGAAUCCUCAGAGGUUUCCCGCAUCAGCCUCAGCGCACACCUACGGAUCGCCGACCUCCUGACCUCUUCUGCCUCAAUGACUUCCUGCAGGUCAGCCGGUCGGGCCGCGGGUCACUGGACGGACUGAGGAAGAUAGUGCUGUCCAGCCGUAACUACAAAAAGCUGCUGCAUUUGUUCCUGUCGGAGCUGCACAGAGGCUGGCAGUGUGAAAUAGCCAAUCAGACGCUGAGCUGCGAGGGUCUGCCGCCGGUCACGCGUAGGAUCCCUCAGAAGCAGAUCAUAUGUGAGUUAGCAGCCAUGGUUCAGAUAGAAGCACAAGCACGAAACUCUUUCAGGAGUAAUUCUGGAGUGUGUCGACCGUCUGCAGAUCAAUCAGUGGAUCAGCUGCGGACAUCAGCGGAGCGACGGACUGAACGCACAGCACAUGAAGUUCUUCUGAACGCGGUGACCAGCAAACACUUCCAGGGCUCCCGUCGCUCUCGCUCCCCGUUCCGGUGCGGAGGAGAGUGUGAUAUCAUCAGCGCGUCCGAGCUGAACGUCCUCGACUGCCUCACUCGUGGAGGAACGAGCCUCAGCUUCAAGGCUCAUUUCAUCUGUGAUCUUCCUGACGUGACGUCACUGUCUGAGCGUCUCCGGUAUCUGAACCUGUCCUUCAAUGACCUCACACACGUUCCUCAGGAGGUGUGUGAUCUUCAUCAGCUGCAGGUGUUGAAGAUGAGGAAUAACCCCAUAGAGGAGCUUCCCGCUCAAAUCAACAAACUUCACAAGCUCCAGACGCUGGUCGUCUCCUUCUGCAAGAUUACACAGCUGCCCAACCAGCUGUACUCUCUGCCCUGUCUGCAGCAUCUGGACGUGUCCUAUAAUCUCCUCAGAUCCCUCAGCAGUGACGUCAGACACCUCAGGUCUCUGAGGUCUCUGAACGUUGAAGGGAAUCAGUUAGUGGCUCUUCCCGCCGGUCUGCUGCAUGUGUCCGUGUCGGAGCUCAGGCUUUCUGGGAAUUACACACACACGUUACUGUGGAGCGAGAACAGCUGUAACGCUCCUCAGACGCUGCUGCACACGGCCGCACACACACUCGCACACACACACGCAGAGCAGCACUGCACACACCUGCCGCCCACCGCACAGCUCGUCCUGCGCAGAGCUGGUGUGUGUGACGCUUGUUCGGGACCCAUGUUCGGCCCGGGUCUCAAGCUCAUCCGUCCCGUUCACGGUGUGUUUGGCCUUCAGUUCGUCCCCGUCAUGUUCCUGUGCUGUUCUCCUGCGUGUCUUCACAGCUUCAGGAAUCAAAACAACGAACAACCAGCGAGUGUGUGAUCAGACAAGAAUGAAUUUAUUCUUCUGUUGAUGUUGAUGGAGGUGCUGCAGCUUUACACUUCUCUAAAUCACUUACACAGAAAAAUAAAAACAUGUAAAAUACUUUCA